AUGCCGCCCGUCAAGAGCGAGCCGGGCGCCGCCGGUGGCGUCAAGAGCGAGCACUCCAACGGAGUCGCCAGCGGCUCGCACCGCAACCGCAACGGCACCAGCAACGCCGUUGCCGCCGCCGCCACCGCCACCGCCAGAAAGCAAGAGGCCAAGCGCGACCUGCCCCCGCCGCCACCCACCACCUACCGCGACAUCCCCCUCUUCUCCACCGACGCAGGCCCCUGGCUCACCCACCUCAUGAAAUUUGCCCACCACACCCGCGUCGACCCCGCCGAUACGUCCCAGUUUGUGCCGCCCCUCAAGCUCAACCGCAAGAACCCGCCCCGCCCAAAGCUGCCCAGGCCCAAGCCCGGCGACCCCGUCACCGACAAGUACGGCCGCCCCAUGCUCGCAAAGGACGGCCAGCCCCUCACCUGGCCCGCUCCCGGCGAGGACCUCGCACGCAUCGAGGAAGUCAUCCGCAAGGAGGACAAGCCAAAGGCGCCCGGCGCAGACCAGAGCCUCAUCGCCCCCGGCAGCGCUGCCCGCCCGCCAAAGGGCAAGCUGUUCCAGAAAAAGGUCAAGGAGGUCCACAAGGCCGCCGACUCGACCCGCAGGACCAUGAAGCAAGAGUACUUUCCAUGGGUCCUCGAGGACUUCGAGACGUCCGAGGAGUGGGAGAGCACGCGCAACCCCGUCCCGACGGGCGCAAAGGCGCUCGAGGGCUGGAUCGACGAGCUCAAGGCAAAGGGCCAGCUGCAGCAGCCCGGCUCGUCCGAGGCGCGCGACGGCGACGUCAGCAUGGCGAGCGCAGGGCCAUCGAGCGCCGUCAAGGACGAGGGAGAGGCCGCCAAGGCGUCCGCAGCCGGCCCAUCCUCGUCGUCGGCGUCGGCGUCGUCGCACGCGCCCUGGAUCGGCAAGCUCGAGGGAGACUCGGACGAAAACGCCACGUCGCACCACGUCCUCUUUGUCUUUGACGAGCGCGACGCCGGCGGCUUCAAGGUCGUCCCCGUCACGCGCAUGUACAAGUUCCUGCAGAAGCCCAAGCACUCGACCAUGUCCAACGAGGAGGUCGAGGCAGAGUACCAAAAGUACCAAAAGACAAAGGAGAUGGAUCGGUGGGCGAUGCGCAAGGCCAGGGGCGACGGCGGGCCCACGAGUGCAUCGGCGGUCAAGUCAGAGGGAGGCGGCAGCGGCGGCGGAUGGGGAGACUGGCCGGGCGUCGGUCGUCUCGCCCUGCCCUCUGGUGGGUCGAGCAGCGGCGGCGGACGGCGCAGGAACCUGAUGGCCGUGCACGGCGGUGCGCUGCUCAACGACGACGACGACGAGGGCGGCGGCUCUCGGAGGCGGAAGCGGGAAGACGACGGCGGGACGUACGGCGAGCUCGACUACGAGGAAGAGUUUGCCGACGACGAGGAAAAGAUGGACGAGGGGGACCCGUACGCCGAGGACGAGGAGACGCGCGAGCUCGAGGAGCGGCUGAAGCGCGAGAUGGCGCGGGCCAACAAGAUUGGCGACGAUGCGGCCGACAGCGACGUCGAGGGCGAAGGCAGCGCCGCAGAAGACGACAACAAGAUGCUGACGGGCAGCGGCGAGCAGAUGCGCAAGCUGGUGCGCGCCCUCGCGCGCAAGGACGGCAACGAGGUCUACGACCGCGACGAAGAGGAGCGCAACCCGUACGCCUCGGACGAUUCGGACGACGACGACGACGAGACGUACGUGGCCAACCCGGAAAAGGCGCUCCAGAUUGCGCGCGAGGAGCGCGAGAAGCGCGAGCGCGAGGCGGCCAAGAACAACAAGCUGGCAAAGUCGGGCACCGCCACGGCCACGCCGGGCACGCCAUCGGGCUCCCAGACGCCCACGGGCCGCGCCGAGAAGCGACCGCAGGCGGCCGCCGGGCCGCGCGUGCCGGCCAACGCCGUCGAGGCCGAAAUCAUCCAGCUGGUGCGCGAGGGCAAGAUUGCCAACACGAGCGAGCUCGUCCACCACUUUCGAAAGAGGCUCAAGACCGAGCCCCAGAUCAAGGAGCUCCUCAGCGCCGCGGUGCGCAAGGUGGCCGUCAUGGACAAGGCCACCAACAAGCUCAAGCUCAAGGAUGGCUUCUAG